AUGCCUCUCACAGUGCUAACCGACCACGACGUCAAGUCGUUACUGCACUCUCUCGAUCGACAAGAUAUCCUCGAUCUCCAGCAAUCGCUUGGAGACGCCCUCCACUAUUACUCAACUGCCACGGAAACCGAGAGCGGCUGCUGCGCGACGUACCAGCCCCAGCGAACACAUCUCCAAAGGAAGGAUGGCUCUACAACCUUGUUCAUGCCCGCCAGCAGUAACGAUGGCCUCGGCGUAAAGAUAGUAACAUUGCCAGAUCCGUCAGCAAGCAAGCCCGCUGAAGUUGCGCCAACAGCUUCAGGCAAGCCUGUGAACCUCUCGCAACCGCGCGGCUCCAUGACACUUCUUGACACGCAUGGCUUCCCGCGCGGCAUGAUCAACGCUGAGGAGUUGACUGCCUUCCGCACUGCCUUGGCCUCGACCAUGCUUUUCAAGAAGCGUAACAACGUGCAUGACCUGACUGUCUUCGGCGCAGGGAAGCAGGCGUACUGGCAUAUUCGACUUGCGCUGUUGUUGCGACCCGGCGAAAUCCACCACCUCAACAUCAUCAACCGGAGCUAUGAAACGGCAAAGAACCUGAUGACGCAGCUAUUUGACCCGGCGAACAACAAGGACCACAGGGUAGAUCGCCCAGAUAUCAAGCUGAUCACCCCCGGCCAUACCGAGUAUGAUCGUUUGCUGAAAUCGACGGUGCGCUCGUCAUCGGCCAUAUUCAUGACUACCCCGUCGCUGGAACCGCUCUUCCCUGCCAGCUAUCUCACAAACCCAGAAGGCCGGAGGAAGGGUAGAUACAUCGCAGCUAUUGGCAGCUACAAACCCAACAUGGUUGAAAUCCACCCAGAUAUCAUCCGUCAGGCCGUGGCUCCGCAACACGGCCGUCACUUCCACAAGCAUGCCAAGCAAGGGGGUGCCAUAAUCGUCGACAGCGUCGAGUCGUGCAUGCGCGAGGCCGGCGAGAUCAUCCAGGCCGGCCUCGAGAGCGACCAAGUCGUCGAGCUCGGCGAGCUCGUCAUGCUUAGGCGUGACGCCGAGGCCCGGCGGCGCAAUAGACCCGCGUCGUCCAGCAAUAACAGCCUUAACGACCAGUCCGGCAUUCAGAUUGCGGACGAUGACAAGUGCCCCGGCAAGGCAAGCAGCGGCGGUCUAGACGAUGAUGAUUUGGGCCUCAAAGAUUGGCUGGCAAGGGGGAACGUGAUCUACAAGGGCGUCGGUCUAGGAUUGAUGGACGUGGUUAUCGGUUCCGACCUCGUGGCGCUCGCGGAUUCGAGGAACGUUGGUGUGCGCAUUGAGGAUUUCUGA